UCCAGUGGAGGUGAGAGGUGUGGCCUGCGAUCCAGUGGCGGUGAGAGGUGUUGCCUGCGAUCCAGUGGUGGGGCAGCCUGCGAUCCAGUGGUGGGGAGAGGUGUGGCCUGUGAUCCAGUGGCAGUGAGAGGUGUUGCCUGCGAUCCCGUGGCGGGGCGAGGUGUGGCCUGUGAUCCAAUGGCAGGGAGAGGUGUUGCCUGCGAUCCAGUGGCAGUGAGAGGUGUUGCCUGCGAUCCCGUGGCGGGGCGAGGUGUGGCCUGUGAUCCAAUGGCAGGGAGAGGUGUGGCCUGCGAUCCAGUGGCAGUGAGAGGUGUUGCCUGCGAUCCAGUGGCAGGGAGAGGUGUGGCCUGUGAUCCAAUGGCAGGGAGAGGUGUUGCCUGCGAUCCAGUGGCGGGGAGAGGUGUGGCCUGCGAUCCAGUGGCGGUGAGAGGUGUGGCCUGCGAUCCAGUGGCGGGGAGAGGUGUGGCCUGCGAUCCAGUGGCGGGGAGAGGUGUGGCCUGCGAUCCAGUGGCGGGGAGAGGUGUUCCCUGCGAUCCAGUGGCGGUGAGAGGUGUGGCCUGCGAUCCAGUGGCGGUGAGAGGUGUGGCCUGCGAUCCAGUGGCGGGGAGAGGUGUGGCCUGCGAUCCAGUGGCGGGGAGAGGUGUGGCCUGUGAUCCAGUGGAGGUGAGAGGUGUGGCCUGCGAUCCAGUGGCGGGGAGAGGUGUGGCCUGUGAUCCAGUGGAGGUGAGAGGUGUGGCCUGCGAUCCAGUGGAGGUGAGAGGUGUGGCCUGUGAUCCAGUGGCGGUGAGAGGUGUGGCCUGCGAUCCAGUGGCGGGGAGAGGUGUGGCCUGCGAUCCAGUGGCGGAGAGAGGUGUGGCCUGCGAUCCAGUGGCGGGGAGAGGUGUGGCCUGCGAUCCAGUGGCGGUGAGAGGUGUUGCCUGCGAUCCAGUGGCGGUGAGAGGUGUGGCCUGCGAUCCAGUGGCGGGGCGAGGUGUGGCCUGCGAUCCAGUGGGCAGCGUACACUACAGCUUUUAUAUCCCUAUUUUAUAUCCCUGUUGUACCAGACUGUGACGUGAUAAAUUUUGGUCUUGCCAGGAACCGCAGCAUGAGAAUCAUCUACAUAGAGGAUACUUUGCACUGAUUGUUGACUGUGCUAAUCACCUU